GCCCUUCACUUGCAUCCAUUAUGGCAGAGAAGUGUCCCUUCCACAGGCAAGGUCCAAAGCCCAACGUUGCUGGCAGUGGCACUCAGAAUCGCGACUGGUGGCCGGAUCAGUUGAAGUUGAACAUCCUCCGCCAGCACACGGCAGCCUCGAACCCGCUAGAUCCAGACUUUGAUUAUGUCGCUGCAUUCAACAGUCUGGACUAUGCUGGUCUCAAGAAGGAUUUGCGAGACCUGAUGACAGAUUCACAGGACUGGUGGCCAGCAGAUUUCGGUCAUUAUGGCGGCCUCUUCAUCCGCAUGGCCUGGCACAGUGCAGGCACAUAUCGCACCUUCGACGGUCGAGGCGGCGGCGGGCAAGGCCAACAACGGUUCGCACCGCUCAACAGCUGGCCGGACAACGUGAGUCUCGACAAAGCCCGCCGCCUGCUGUGGCCGAUCAAGCAGAAGUAUGGCAACAAGAUAUCCUGGGCCGAUCUAAUGAUCCUAACUGGAAACGUGGCGUUGGAGUCAAUGGGCUUCAAGACAAUCGGCUUUUCCGGUGGCCGUAAGGAUACUUGGGAGGCGGACGAGUCUGUUUACUGGGGUGGUGAGACGACAUGGUUGGGGAACGAUGUGCGCUAUUCCCAUGGCUUUGCCGGGUCCGCUAAGCAUGGCACUGUCGUUGCCGAUGAAGAACCCCAUCGUGACAUUCAUUCUCGCCAACUUGAAAAGCCGCUCGCGGCCGCUCAUAUGGGCUUAAUCUACGUGAACCCAGAAGGCCCUGAUGGUAACCCCGACCCAGUCGCUGCCGCCCGAGACAUUCGCGUCACAUUUGGUCGCAUGGCAAUGAACGAUGAGGAAACAGUUGCGCUGAUUGCUGGUGGUCACACGUUCGGCAAGACUCAUGGUGCGGCGUCUUCGGACCACGUCGGCAGCGAACCGGAGGCCACUGAUCUAGAGGCACAGGGGUUGGGCUGGCAAAACAGCUACGGCUCCGGCAAAGGCGCACAUACCAUCACCAGCGGUCUAGAAGUGACCUGGACGAAGACCCCUACUCAGUGGAGCUUGAACUUCCUCGAGUACCUAUUUCGAUUUGAAUGGGUACUGACCAAGAGUCCUGCCGGUGCGAACCAGUGGGUAGCCAAGGAUGCAGAUGCCUUCAUCCCGGAUGCGUACGAUCCGUCCAAGAAGCACCGGCCACAGAUGCUUACCACUGAUCUAUCAUUGCGAUUCGACCCCGCUUACGAAAAGAUCUCGCGCCGCUUUCUGGAAAAUCCAGAGCAGUUCGCAGAUGCCUUCGCUCGGGCCUGGUUUAAGCUGACACAUCGGGACAUGGGGCCGCGUGCCUGCUACAUCGGUCCGGAGGUCCCAGCUGAAGACUUCAUCUGGCAGGAUCCGAUUCCGGCAAUCAAUCAUCAGUUGAUUGAUGAUGCUGAUGUUACUGUACUUAAGCGGAGCAUCAUUGGGACCGGGGUGGAUUCCUCCAAGCUUAUCUCAACCGCUUGGGCAUCCGCAUCCACUUUCCGGGGCAGUGACAAGCGCGGUGGCGCCAAUGGUGCGCGCAUUCGCCUUGCCCCACAGCGCCAUUGGGAAGUGAAUGACCAGCCAUGGCUUGAGGAAACCUUGUCUGCAUUGGAAGACAUUCAAAACCGCUUCAACCGUGCUCAGGGAGGCGAAAAGCGAGUAUCCUUAGCGGACCUCAUCGUACUCGCCGGCUGCGUGGCCGUAGAGAAAGCUGCCAGUGAUGCCGGCCAUGUGAUCACUGUGCCCUUCACUCCAGGGCGCAUGGAUGCCUCACAGGAUCAGACAGAUGUUGAAUCUUUCAACCAAAUGGAGCCCGUGGCGGAUGGAUUCCGGAACUACGGCACAUCCACUGCUCGGGUGCGAGUUGAACACUACCUGGUUGACAAGGCGCAGUUGCUCACCUUAUCCGCGCCUGAAAUGACGGUCCUAGUCGGUGGUCUGCGCGCUCUGAAUGCUAACUACGAUGGUUCCGCUCAUGGUGUGUUCACAGCCAGACCAGGUCGCCUAACGAAUGAUUUCUUCGUCAAUCUCCUGGACAUGAACACCUCAUGGAAGUCAUGCGGUCAUGGCAAUGACAUCUACGAGGGUAUCGACCGUAAAACCGGCUCCAAGAAAUGGACUGCUACGCGGGCUGAUCUUGUGUUUGGCUCUCAUGCCGAACUACGGGCCAUCGCCGAAGUGUAUGGCAGCAGUGACGGCGAAGAGAAGUUCGUGAAAGACUUUGUUGCUGCUUGGACUAAAGUCAUGAACUUGGACAGAUUUGGUCAGAACUAG